AUGUUAGAUACAAAUUAUGGUGACAGAGUCAUUGUGAACAGCGAAUUAUGCGAUGCCCACAAAAAAGUUGAUGUAGAUAGUGCUGACAUUAUUGCAAAUAGCGUUCACAUGAAAGAAUUACGUAGGCUGAGAUUAACGACAAAGUUUGGAGAUGACUUGAUACGAGCGCUAUGUGACAGUGAAUACAUCAAAAAGCUUGAUUCGAUUAUUUUACAAAGUUGCAAUUUGAGUAAGAAUGGAAUUAUAAUGCUCAGUAAUUGUGCUUCCAUGAACAAUUUAACGGAGCUGGAAGUAUUGUAUACAUUCGGUGAAGAGGGUUUGGCAGCAAUUGCAAAUAGUACCGUUUUACGAAAUUUACGAGUUUUAAAUCUCUCAGCCAAGAUUUUUCAACAUUGGAACGCCAACGCUUGUCGUAUCGGAAAAACAGGGGCUAAAUUACUGUCUAAAAGCUCCUAUUUAACAAAUAUUACCAAGUUAGAUCUUGAAAAUAAUAAUAUUGAAGAUGAAGGAGUGUUAUCAAUAUGUGAAAGUGAAUUUUCGAGAAAUAUUACGCAUUUAAAUUUGGCAAGUAAUGGUAUCACAGAGAAUGGUAUCUCAUUUUUAACGAAGCUUACUUCAAAAAUGGUUCACCUGAUCACGUUACAUCUCGACCUUAAUUAUAUCACAUUACAUGGAGCAAAAAUGAUUGCUUCAAGCAGAGUAAUGCAACACUUGAAGGCAAUUUCUUUCCUCAAAUGUUACAUUGGUGAUGAGGGGAUAGUGGACAUUUGCAACAGUGAAUUUUUGAAAAACUUGACGUCUCUCAUUGUAGAUAGUGACACCAUUUCAGAAAAAGGAGCACGCAUGUUAUCCAUGGCAUCAAUUCUCAAACUGAAAUCUCUAAGUUUACCAAGUUGCAACAUUGAAAACAAUGGACUGAUUGUUAUGGCAAAUAGUUCAGCAUUAUGUCAACUCACCCAUUUAGAUGUUGGUUUCAAUGAUAUUUCCUCCGAAGGCAUUCAAGCCAUCUGCAACAGUCCAUAUUGGAAAAAUUUGUCCUUUUUAUCAUUGCGUAACAUUAGUCUCAGCGACGAUGAUGUAGAGCUUAUUGGUAGGACAUUACACAAUUUGCAUGAAUUACACACAAGUAUUUCCACCUCUCAACUGGAGAGCUUGUCGAAACUAUUACCUUAUUGCGAGAUUAAUAAUUGGGUCACGUUGCUUGACGUGGACUAG